AUGCCGGCGAAGGAAGAGCAUGAGUGUCGGCUUCUCCUCUGGUGGGGUGGGAGCGCGAGUGCGUUUACGCGCAUGCUCGGUCCGCCGGAGAGGGGUGGGAGGGGCGGGUAUGCCGAACAAUGCAAACAGGCGUUCGAGGACGAAACCAAGCGCUCAGGUCGCUCCUACGCCGAAGUUGCUCGAGACCUGGCCCUCCGUGACCCCGAGGUGAAAGAGGAUCUCGUUCACCUCGCCGGUUUGCCCCCAUAUUACCAAUGGGAAGACUGGCCCCAACCUACGUGGAACCCCGCGCUAGCCGACGUGUUAUGCAAUUGCCAAGCGCUUGCUGAUAUCGCUGAUGGCUUUCUGCUCGGUACCGUGGCCUCUCUCGAGCCAGAGGCAGUGAGAGACCUCGAAGAAUGGGCAGGGGAGAGGAAGGUCCUGUGCCUCGGGCCACAGGGGGCUAUCUCCUCUCCCGAGGGGGCCGAUCCCUCGCUUCACUUCCUCACCCAGGCGCUGGAACAACACGGACCACAGAGUGCGGUAUACGUCUCCUUCGGAUCUGCGUUCUUCCCCCCUCCGGAGCAGAUCAGCAUCCUCCUGGAGAUGCUGCUUGAGCUGGAUCCCCCCCUGCCGUUCGUCUUCACGGCUUCGAGGCGGAAGCUCGGCACUGAGCUGCUGAAGAAGAUCGAAGAUAGCGGCAAGGGGCUCAUAGUCGACUGGGCACCGCAGCAGUCUGUCCUUGCCCAUCCUGCGAUAGGAUGGAUGAUCUCCCACUGCGGUGGGGGAGGGGUGUACGAGUCCCUCUCCCGUGGUGUACCGGUCGUCGGGUGGCCUUUCACGGCUGAUCAGCCACAGCACGCGCUCUGGCUCUCAGAGGUGCUCGAUACCGCCUGGGAACUGCUCCAAGUUCGGAGAGGUGUGGCACAGGAGUUGGGGGCAUAUAGGUGUGGGAAGGUGCUGGGGACGGAGGGGGCGGUGAAGCUGGAGAUGAGGAAAGUGUUGGAGGAAAUGGGGGGAGAAGUUGGGAGGAGGAAGAGGGGGAAGGCGGAGGCUGUGAAGGGGGUCAUCGAGCGUGCUGCGCUGGAGGGAGGGGAGGGAGCUAGGGCGAUGGAGGGACUGAGGCGCCUUUUGUGA